AGAAAAAAUUAAAAUUAUGCCUUUAUAUAUAGGCUUAAAAUGCUAGGGUUCUAUUUGGCGUUGUCUUGCAUUGGAACGUUGAGCCGCCGGUCUAUCCUUCAAUCUCCGGUUGCGUUGGAAAAGGAAAAAAUAAAAAAUAAAAAGUUUAUGCUAAAAGCAAAAACCAAAAAAUGGAGUUUUGUGUGAAAGUUGUGACAGAAGGGAUUCUGGAGGAGCUGACCAAGAAUAAUCCCAACAGGAACGUGGUGAUGUCUCCGGCAUCCAUGAACGUUGUUCUUAACAUGGCGGCUUCCGGGUCGGCAGGCAAAACUUUGGACCAGUUUCUCGGCUCUCUUGGGUCCGAAACCAUUACUGAGUUGAGCUGCAAGACUUCGUCUUUGAUGGGUCUCUUUGACUUGGACACUGCGGCAGACCCAGACCCUGACUACUCUGAUUCAGCGUAUAAUGCUCCUCCUGAAUUGUCUUUAGUGAACGUCAUGUUUGUAGACCAGCAAUGUCCUUUGAAACCUUCUUUCCAAGAGAUAGUCCGAGACGUCUACAAAACAGAACCAAAAAUUGUCGACUUUAAUCAGGAAGAGAAAGUUAGAAAUGAAGUGAACUCAUGGGCAGAGGAGAAAACAAAGGGCCUCAUCAAAGGGUUUCUGCCACCCACAUCAAAAUUGAAAGGACCACUCUUUUUCGCAAAUGCUCUCUACUUUAAGGCAGCAUGGUUAGAUCAAUUCGUUGCCUCAUCGACUCGGGACGAAGAUUUCCACCUUCUUGAUGGGAAAACUAUCAGAGCACCUUUCAUGACCCAAAUAGAAGAGAGCAUGCAGAGGUGUGGAUCAUUCGAGGAUUUUAAGGUUAUCAGACUCAAUUAUAGUACCGGUGGAUGUUAUAGUAACAACCACCCACGUUUCUGUAUGGAUAUCAUUCUUCCUGAAAGAAAAAAUGGACUCCAAGAUCUGCUAGAGAGGUUUAAUUCUGAUACAAAACUUCUACUCCAGGAUUUUAAGCUGGAAGAUAUGCUGGUUACUGAGAUAUGGAUUCCAAAGUGGAAGUUUUCUUAUGAUUUGGACACUAUUGAGCUAAUGAAUAAAUUGGGAUUGACUUUGCCUUUCAAAUACCCGGAAGCUGAUUUCACAGAGGCAAUGGAUUCACCACUUGGCAAGUUGCUUCACAUUGGGAAAAUGUAUCACAAAGCUUGUAUUUCUGUUAAUGAAGAAGGGACAGAAGGAGCUUCAAUCUUUUCUGCUGAAUUACUGGCUGGAUCAAUGUAUCGCCCUCCCGAGGUACAAUUUGUGGCUGAUCAUCCUUUUAUGUUCAUGAUCAGAGAAAAAGUUUCUGGGGUUGUGAUUUUCACUGGAGCUGUUCUUAAUCCCCUCUCUGAUAAUUGAAAAGUUUAUAUACAUAUAUAGUAAUUCAAUGGUUUUAUAAGGUUAAUGUUUACAAUUCAAUGGUUUUGGCAUACUACUGUUUGUAUUAUUAUUAUUAUUUUUAAAAUUAUGAUUAUGAUGAUAUUAUAACACCAAAUUAUUACUAUAA